AAUAUUAAAAAAUAAAAUACCUGUUUUAUCCUGCCUCAUCUAUCUGUUGAUAAAAUAUUAUUCUAUGAAGGUAUCUUUCAUAGUUAUUUCAGCGUUAGGCCUUGUCAGACGUGAAAUGUUGCGGUUACUAGUGCUGGUGGCUACGGGCCUCUGGGCCUUGUAUACAAGGUGGAAACGGCGCAGGAUACACAGGGUGUGUAAGGAAGUGCCUUUUUGUGGCCUGCCGGGAUUACCUCUGAUUGGACAGGCGCACUUGUUCGCUGGCAAUGAUGAAGAUCGAAUGAAAUUACUUCAAAAACUGGGUAAAAUAGCGGUGAAACAUGGUGGUAUGACGUCAGUAUGGAUGCUGAAUAAAUUGUAUGUUGUAAUUGCCGAUCCUGCUAUCGCAGAAGUGGUGCUAAAGUCUUGUCUGGAUAAAGAUGAUACUACUAUGAAAUUCGUUAGAAACCUCGUAGGCAAUGGAAAUUUUGUUGCUCCAGUCAGCAUUUGGCGUCCUCGCCGCAAGAUACUCGCCCCAAUCUUUAGCAUAAAGAAUCUAAACUGUUUCGUGCCAAUUUUCGCUCAGCAGAGCGAGAUUAUGGUCCAGCAAUUAGCAAAAGAGGCUGGCAAUGGAGACUUUUCCUUCUGGAAAUAUAUUACGACUUACACAUUUGAUGCCAUUUGUAAAACUAGCUUGGGCGUGGACUUGAAUUCUCAGCAGCAGUCAAACCAUCCGUUUUUGGAGGCGUUCGAAACAGCUCUGCAUCUGCUGUCAGAACGACUUUUGUGCCCUUGGUUGUAUCUGGAUUGCGUGUAUGAGCGAUUGUCGAGGCAUAAAACAUUUGUUGCUAAGAAGGAUUUCAUGUAUCGGUUUGUUGAUGAGUUAAUCAAAAAGAAGCGGGAGGAACUAUCAACUAGAGAUACUAACGGGAUGAAUGGCAUGAAGUCAGAAAUGCGUACAUUCCUCGAGAUGCUUCUAGAAUCUUCAGGUGGACAUCAAGGAUACUCAGACAUAGAGCUACGAGAGGAGGUGCUGGUAAUCGUCUUAGCUGGCACGGACACAUCUGCUGUUGGUGCUGCUUACACGGCUGUGAUGCUGUCCAGGUAUCCUGAGGUUCAGGAGAAGGUGUAUCAAGAAUUACAAGAAGUUUUUGGCGAUAGUGAUCGUCCAGCAACAGCGCAAGAUCUGCCCCGCCUCAAAUAUCUAGAGGCCGUAAUAAAAGAGACGCUGAGAACGUACCCAGCCGUACCCGUAGUUGUGAGAGAAGUUCUAAACGACGUGAAACUACCAAAUGGCAAAAAGUUAGUAAACGGAGUGGGUGUCGUCGUAAGCUUCUGCGCUAUUCAUCGGCAUCCAGCCUACUGGGGCGCCGAUGCUGAUGUAUUCAGACCAGAAAGGUUCCUGGAGGGACCCUUGAAGCACCCCGCUCAGUUCAUGCCUUUUAGUUAUUCUUUUAGGAACUGUGUUGGAUCUACAUACGCAAUGAUGUCAAUGAAGACGGUGUUGUCAGCGCUGGUGCGCCGCUACCGACUGCGGCCCGCGGCCCUCGAGCUGCGGCCCACGUUCAACGUCAUGAUGAAGGACGGCUCUGGGUAUGCCCUCGGGAUACAGCGCAGGAGGACUUUUGGGGACAAAUUAAUAUGAGUGUAAUUAAAAUAGAUACA